CAUUUAUACUGUGAUCCUGUAAUUGAAGCCUUAAACCAGUGCAAAUUCUUCAAAACUCAUGAGCUUAAUUCAAUUGAAUCUGCGGAAAUUACCCAGGAUAAGAUAAAGAUUAUACUUGACCUAGUUAUUUCUAAAGGUGAAGAAGCAUGCUAUAAGUUUUUAAAAAUUCUUGACAAAAAAAGAUUUCAAGUAUUUCCAAGACCUGGUUUGGGUUCUCCAGAUUUACAUCACUGGAUUAGUUGCUUCUCCUUCCAGGAAGAGCCACAAUCUCAGACAGCAAACCAUGCAGAUUCAGAUCCUUUUACCACAUACCAGGGCCUUUUGAGAUGGAAAGCAAGACAAAUCCUGGAUGAUAAAUGGAACCAAAGUAUGAAUUUCUUAAAAAAUGAGCAAAAAAGAAAACCCUUCAUGUACGUACCCCUUGUUAUGGACACAGAUUCUAGUACAGUUGCAAAGCUUAAGAAGAACAAGGGAUACAAGAAAUCUCGUUCAAAGAAACUGAAGACCUACAUUCCAACAGCCAAGAAAAUGUUGUCUCCCAAAGACUUGCUAAUGAAUGAUGAGAAAAGCAUCCUGCUUGUGGGAAAACCUGGAGUGGGAAAAACAACAGUUGCACUGGAGAUACUUAGACUUUGGACAGAAGAGAAAAACAUUCCAGUGAGUUAUAUGUUUUAUUUUGAUGAGCCACUGAUGAGAGUCUUCUCUCAGUCUCCAUAUCCUCAAAACUUGAAGGAUCUUCUUUUUCAAAAGUACAUAUCCCCAGAUAAAGCGUCCGAUCAAGUCCUGGAAAAUAUUGAGAGCAAUUCAGAGAAUGUUGUUAUCAUUUUUGAUGGUAUCAUGGAUGUGAUUGGAAACUCUGUGAUUAAACAACUUAUGGAGAAAGAACUUCUAAAGGAUGCAAAGGUGUUGACCACUUGCAGACCAGAAGCUGAGGAUACAGGUUAUUUGUCAGACUGGCGGUCUUAUCGAGUGGAGGUUCAAGGCUUUAAUCAUAAGUCCAUCUAUGAAUACUUUAAGUGGAUGUUGGGAACAACAGAUGACAUUGGUGCUUUGGAAAACCCAGAGUUGUUUAGUUUAUGCUCUGUACCACUGUAUGCCUUCAUAGUAGCUGCCUGCAUUUCAGUAAGUCCUACUGAAGCAAGGAACAAGCCAUUUACAGUUACAGAGAUGUAUGUCCGAAUUUUUCGCUUUUGCAUGAAACAACAUGGGCACCAAGAUGUGGAGCACUUGGAUAAGUACAUUAAAGAUAACAGGAGGGAUAUCGUAAACUUAGCCUUAGCCUCCUAUCAAGCAAUGCUAGCAAAGACAGUGAACCUGACAGAUUUGGAUCAUGAAGAUAAGUCUGUGCAAAAUGCUUUCUUGACAAAGCAAUUCUGGAACCCAUCCACAACCUCUUGCAAAGUGUAUGCAUUCCUGCAUAAUACAAUGCAAGAGUUUUGGGCAGCUCUUUAUCUCAUUUUAAAUCCUGACAAGAUUACCAAUGUACUGGAUAAAUGCCAAAACAAUGAAGAUGGAAAAUACCUUAAAUAUAUCAUGCCAUUUUUGUCUGGACUUCUUUCUGAUAAUGUAGUUGAGCUCAUAAAGUGUUUGGUGCCAGUAGAACAGAUAGAAGCCACACGUGUCAAGUACUUACAACAGAUUAUAGAUACUUUCCUUUACACCAAAGAACAGAAUCAAGAAGGCGAUUGUGAGCAGUUUGUGGAAGCUGACAACAUCUUAUUUGUGUGUCGAUGCCUUUAUGAGUAUCAGUUUCCUAAGGCAUGCCGACUCUUCCUGGAAAAGGUUCAGUAUGAGCUUGAUUUAGAAGACCAAACACUUGAUCCUUACCAGUGCUGUGUAAUAUCCUAUGUGGUCAAUCAAGCUGUGCAUCGGAAUAUUGAUCUGGAUCUCACAGAUUGUAGCAUUACUGAUCCCGGCUUGAAACUACUUCUAAGAUCAUUGAAAAAUCUGAAAUUUCUCAGGUCAACAAGCACAUUGAAAUCUCAAAUGUGGAGAGUGGCUCUUGCAGCAGGGCAGUUUUCAGAUUUUGAUAGCUUGCUUAGCUUAUUCAGCUUUGAAAUGCAUCUCUCUGCACUUGAAACACUGGACCAGAAAGUGUUUCAAAGGAUAGGAGAAGUCCUUAAAAAUAAGAGAUCAGAGAUCAGUGUUCAUCUUUUUCUGCAUGUAAAUGAAGAAGUCAUAACCAGAUCUUUGCAGAAGGCAAUUUUUGAGAGCUUACCCAAUAUUGCAACCAUUAGGAUUUUCCCCCAUCUAUUUAAAGUAGCUAUAGAAACAGAGCUCUAUCUUCAAGGAGCUAUUUAUGAGAUGAAGACAGGUCAACGAUGUGUAAGGAAACUGCUGUCUGUUUGCAGCAAUAAUCAAAGAGAAAACUUUGAUGAUCAGUGUAAAUUCUUGCUGAAACUGCAUGAACAUGCCAAGAACAUGGAUGCUCUUCCAGUUUUGCAACCUGUUUUCUAUGCAUUGCCACCUACCUGGGUUGUACAGCCUUCAAACCCAUCAGUGUCACUACUUUUCCAAACCAUGGAAGUUCUAAAUUUAAGGAAGCCCGCUGAACUAGAUCAUGUCACAUAUGAGCUGAGUGAACUUAAACUAAUUCUUCAAUGUAUGCCCUACAUUACAGAAAUGAGGUUCAGUGCUGCUCUCAGACAGCCCAAAGACAUCCACAAAAUUGUUAAG